CCGACCAGCCGCUGCGCGCGCUCAUCGGUGACCCCGGCGCCUCCGGCGGGCGGGAGGAAGAGGCCGCUGGGGCCGGCUGGGUGAUGUCCAGGACCUCGAAGGCAGUGCUGGGCCUCUCGGUGCUGCUGACGGCGGCCACAGUGGUCGGCGUGCACCUGAAGCAGCGGCAGGACCAGCAGAGGCUUCGUGAGGGAGUGAUCAGAGACAUUGAGCGGCAGAACCGGAAAAAAGAAAACAUUCGUCUUUUGGAAGAACAGAUUAUUUUGACUGGGCAACUUGAAGCAGAAAGAGAGAAGAUGUUAUUGGCAAAAGGUUCUCAGGAAACAUGA